AGGCCCCACCGCUGCUCCAGCCGUCACCGCUUACUUGGCCGCCUGGAGCUCUCCGUCGUGAGGCCACAUCUCGGCAGCUAAACUGGAAGGACCGAACACAAAGAAUCAGUGUGCGCACGCCAUGCUAAUCUGCUUGCUCGUUAGCCGCGCCGUCUUGCUAGUCUGUUGUCCUAAUAGGCAUGUCCUAAUGAGCUCUAAUUGAAGACGGCUAAUUUGCAUGGCUGGACUCAUUGUCUUUCUGGAAGCAUCUUAAAGCUCAAAGGAAUCUAAUAUGAUUUGGUCUUGGAUGAUCCGCCGUCCCCGAUUCCAGAUUGGAGUCACUUUGUUCUGCGGUUAUUUCUUGACACGACCCCUUUGUGCCAGACGGCGAGACGAUUUUUCCCGAUGGCAUUUAUUUUUCGAGCGUGAGGGACAGUAACAGGGGCCAUUUUUCAAAGCAUAUCAAAGCAGGACAAGUUUGAUCAGAGAUUGGACCUUGCAUUCUUCACAACGCAGCGCUGUAUAGGAAAGUGAUACAAUUGCAGAAUGAGGAGCACCUUUUUAUUUGCACUCGAGAGAAAGGCGUUUCACUCUUGGUUUGAUAGCCGCCUUUAUAUUCUCACCAUCGCCUUGCUUUUAUUUAUCGUUUUACUGUGAGUGCCCAUAAAAUGAUUUUCUUAGAGAGAAAAUGUUCAAACGGGCACUGGUGGUUUGAUUUUGUCGGCCACUUUCUGUCUCAUUUGUGGACAAAGGUAUGGAAAGUUCUCAGAUGAAACAAUUAGAAUUUCUCUGGCAAUUGCUUCUUCUCAGGAAACGGGCCUCUUUCAAGGUAGCGCACAUUAAGUCGUCAUUUACCGGCUUGCUAGCUGAAAGUAGCCCGUCAACAGGAAGCUUGGUUGAACAUGACUCACCGGCCAGUUGCAGGGACUGCCAGCCUCGCCCCAGCUUGUGGCUCUAGACGCCAACCCGACGCGCCAUGACGGAGAGGCGUUGAAGUCAACUCUCCGACAGCCAUCUGGAUAACGCUCCCGGCCGCCGAAGCCCUCGAGACCACACUUCUGUCCCGUCCCCACCAUGCUGCGCUUCCUCCCUCUCAAACUCGGCCGCGUGUACCGCUGUCUGAAGCUCCUGUUUGUGGUGGGACUGUUUGUCAUCUUGCUGAUGAACACCCACAACCUGUUCGCCUCGUUCCAAAAGAACGAGCUCACGGACCGUCGCUUCAUCAACCUCAACAAGUGUCCCGCCUGCUUCGGCACCAGCUGGUGUCGCAAAUUCAUGAACGGUCAGGUUUCCUUUGAGACGUGGGGGCGCCUGCGCUUCCUCGACAUCUUCAACGUCAAGAAUGUUUACUUUGCCCAAUACGGAGAGCCCAGGGAAGGCACGCGUCGCAUCGUGCUGAAGCGGCUGGGUUCCAACCAAGAGCUGGCCGAGAUAGACCAAAAGAUCUGUAAGAGGGCCACGGGCAGGCCUCGCUGCGAUCUCAUCCAGGCCAUGUACAAAACUGAAUUUGCUAGGAUCAAUGGCGACGUUCGUCUUCUUACUCCAGAGGUGGUAGAGGGCUGGUCAGACCUGGUACACUGCCCCUCUCAGCGUCUGCUGGACCGUGUGGUUCGACGCUACGCCGAGACCAAAGACUCUGGAAGCUUUCUCCUCAAGAACCUGAAGGACACGGAGAGAAUGCAGCUGCUCAUGACCUUGGCAUUCAACCCGGAACCACUUGUCCUGCAGAGUUUCCCGUCGGACGAAGGCUGGCCUUUCGCCAAGUACCUCGGGGCGUGCGGGCGCGUGGUGGCCGUCAACUACGUGGGCGAAGAGCUGUGGAGCUACUACAACGCGCCCUGGGAGAAGCGGGCGGACCUGGCCCGGCAGCUGAUGGACAUCGCCGAGCAGCUGACCAACAACGACUUUGAGUUCGCCCUCUACCUGCUCGACGUCAGCUUCGACAACUUUGCCGUCGGCCCCCGCGACGGAAAGGUCAUCGUGGUCGACGCCGAGAACGUCCUAGUGGCCGACAAGCGACUGAUCAAGCAGAACAAACCCGAGAGCUACGACGUGUGGUACGAGAGCCGCUUUGAGGAGUGCGACCGAGAGGCCUGCCUGUCCUUCUCCAAGGACUCUCUAUGCUCCCGGGUCAUGGUGGACCACAACUACUAUGCCGUGUGCCAGAAUCUGCUGUCGCGCUAUGCCACCUGGCGCGGCACCACUGGGGGCCUCCUCCACGAUCCGCCCGCCCACAUAGCCAAAGACGGCCAGCUGGAGGCGCUGCUGGACGAGUGCACCAAGCCCAAGAAGCGAUACGGACGCUUCCAGGCGGCCAAGGAACUGCGCGAGUACCUCACGCGGCUCUCGGCCGCCUCCUCGCCCGCCAGGAGCAGGACGGCGUCUACGGAAGAGCCUUCGGUUUCAUGGACUGAUUUACUGACUGGCUUUGCCGCCUGAAAAGAGGAGUCGGCCGCUAACGAGAUUCUGCUGGGGAGCGCAAUGCAGAAUGCGGGAUAGAAAUCGGGAGCAACCUUCUCGGAUGGUUGCACCAUUUGAAAAGGAAGGGGGCGGGCUCUGAGCGACACUUUGCUCGCAGGCUAAUGCAACAUGUGCGAUCAAGCGACGCUGACCUCACCCCCCCGGCCCCACCCACCACACGCUUCCGCCGUCUUGCCGCCUCAUUUCAUCAUCACGUUUCAUGACAACAUUGAAUCGAACACCUAUGAAAGUUUGCCCGGGGGGGAUCUUUCCUUUUUUAUCCCCGCUUUCUUUCAUGGCUGCAUUUAAAAUGCUGCAUUAACAUUUUUGCUGCACCACCAAUCUUAUUUUUAUUUUUUUCCUCUCUGUAGCGUGCCACAGGGAAGGCAGAGGUAGCUUGAAUCUCCUGUCGUCAGGUGGAACCGAGAAGGCAGCUCAGAUAAGUCCGAAUAGCCUGCAGCUCCAAUCAAUCGCGUCGCUCGCAGGGUCUGUCCCCGUCGUGGUGGUGGCGGCAAUCAUCGUCGUUUUCUCCCCCCCCCCUACCACCUUUUGUGAAUAGGAACUGGUGAGAACAACAGAUACUCUUAUAGGAAAAAGAAAGGAGAGAACUGCACAGUCCCGUGACGAUAAAACCAAAGAGGCUGAAGGUAAAAUAGAAAACUUGUCCCUCCACCGCAACCAUUUUUUUUUUUGUGGAUUAUUUUUAGUUUGGCAAAACGUGGCCACAAAUGCCCAUUUAAACCUGGCUGCUAACCAAAACAGCAGCAUCUCCUUCGCCCUUCACUGAAAACCUCUGGGAAAGAAUACUUUUCAAAUGUCUCGUUUCGCACCCCUCUCUAUGUUGUGAAUCGGACGUGGCUGGCAGGGUGUUUUGGAAAAGCAAUACGAAUAGGAAAGAAUAAGAAUCGUUUGGCUCCGGGGUUUUUUUUUUUUUUUUUUUUUUUUUGAACAUGCCUCUUCGUUGUGUCCGAUCCGUUUUCCUUGGUCCCGGAAAAGUGACGUCAACGCCCCCCGCUUGGAGGAGUUUGUACAUGCGUGACUUAACUGUCCACUUUUGUACUGUCCGUUUCCUUUGGAGUAUUAUUAUAUCAGCGUUGUCUGAUUGUUCCUGUGCCUUUCAUUCAAAAGUUGUACUUGCAACUUUCAGUGGGUUUAAUUAUUGAAAUAAAAGAUAUAUAUAUCUAUAUAUCUAUAUAUAGAAAUAUACACUUGUGUUUGCACUCUUAUUCAUUCUAACUUGACUGUUAUUUUAUUAUUUCCACAUUCCAGUAGGACCAUUUUGGCCGCACUUCACACUAAAAUUGGAUCCACCGAGUCUGAUGUUGGCCGCUUUCCUUCUUCCUCCUCCUCCUCCCGUUUUGAUCUUUCACGACUUUUGGCCGAGAUCCGCACGUUGUCUACGCUUAAAUCUGUCCUAACGCCAGACCUCCUGGAAUGUUCUAAAAAACAAAAAAAAAAAAAGCUUUUUUUUUUUUUCCUCAGUGAAAACCCAUAAGGUAUGCAGUGGGUUUCAAUCUUUGUGAUAUUACAAAAUUCGCCCGAAGGCAUCCAUUUCACAGAUUUUUCCACUAGUGGGAACAAAUAUUUAUUUAAGUUAAGUUGCACAAGUGUGCACACCCUCUAAUAACGUCUGUGUUCACAAUGAACACAUUUAGAGUUUUUGAGUAUUCUUAAAAUCAACCCUAUCCCAUUGUGUUGAGUGUAAUCUUUGCUGUUUCAGCGCAUUUGUUAAACACAGAGAAAAGCACUUUUUUUUUUUUUUUUCCAUCCUGUAAUUUCCUCUAUUGAACACACCCUUUGGUUUGCGGUUUUUGCACGACGUCACAGCCGCGUGUGGUGUGCGCCGCCGGUCUAACCAAAGUCCCACCACCUCCCCUAAAGUCUCUUGAAUGUUCAGCCUAGCCUGACGAGUGGCUCCAGGGUCGGCCUGCUGGCUGGCUGGCUGGAUGGAGGAAAACACCACAGGCGUGCACCCCCGCCCGCCGCUGCCCUUGAAGUUUAAAUAAACAUGAGGCCAUUUUCAGACGCGGUAGUUUGAAACAUUAAGACUCACGAGGCGAGAAUGCUUGGAAAGGCGAAAAAAAUAUAUAUAUUUCAGAGUUUGCUGAGUGCGUGGAAAGCAAAUAAAGCUGCAAAAAUGUCUCCUUUGAGAUGCUUUUAGCUUUGCUCUUAGUUUAGUCUAUAUUAGCACAAGGGGUGGGACGCAAUAUUGAUAUGGUGAUAUAUAAACGUUACGCUGAGCAUUUACACUAGAAAGCAAAAAAAUGUUCAAAUUGUGGGGCUUGUGAAAGGAUGCUGGAAAUAAUUAGGCCGUGCAUUUUGAAAUCCAUCCGUUCGUGCUUAUCAGCGCAGGACAAGAGUGAAAGGCAGAGGUGGAUAUCAUUGUCGCAAAUGUAUUACUCUGGAUGUGCAUGUCUCGCCUGCUGAUAUCUUAUUCAGGAGGCAGGCCGGUCUUGUGGGGGUGGAUGUGCACGCCAUAUGCCCGAUUACAGUGAUGCGGCGGGAUGAAAAAUGGGCAACAACAAAAAGCAAAGUUUCCUGCUGGACGUGCUGUAAAGUCUAUUUCAUGCUCUGGCAAGCCUCAGGCUCAGAGCCAUUUUUAGUCCCGAAAUGACCUAUAUUUAUUUUUUUUGGGGGGGAGACCGAAAAGGAGGAGGGCUUUGUGAGCGAAAGGUUAUGCACAACAGGGCUUGUGUUUGUGUAAUAGUGCGCACCCUGGCCUGAUGUUUUUUUUUUUAAGGGGGUCGGGUUUUUCCGAGCUUGGCCGCGGCUCAGGAGAAGCAAUCCGCGGGCCAGAGGAGCCUUCCUGCUAAAUCAUCACUAAUGCAAUACACGGGAGUUGCUCGCAGCAAUGUUCCUGGCAGCCUGCGUGCAUCCCUUCAACGUGAUUAUGUCACGCUUCUACUAUGCCUCAUUUAGAUAAGCUGUCGCGCAACCCAGUCUCGACACGAGAACACUAAGGCUCUCGAAGUUUGGAAAGCGUGGCUCUGGCAAGCGGCUUUGUGGGGGUGGAAAGUAAAUUUGAGAUGUACAAACAAGAAGAUUUGGGGAAAAUGAAAGUAAGUACAGGAGUACCUAGAAAAAGGUGGCUCUGAAUGUCAUGACAGUUCAAAUUGUUGAGACAUUCUUGAAAACGGUCUUGGAACCUUUAUUUAUACAUUUUGUUCUAAUCAACUCUGACAUCUUUCUCCUUCAUUUUAAUACAUGGUGGUUUGAUAGUUAACAUCAAACCUUUGGACCGAAAACACCGACCUUGAUGUGGUGAAUCCAUCCCUAGUGCUUCUAGAAUCUUCAAUUUUUACUUUGACCUUUUGAGGAAAAGCAGUUCAGAAUGAUGCGCGCGUCUCUUCGGCCGCUAAUUAGCUGCGGGCAGUGGCAAUUGAAGAAUCCUUGGAAGUUGUCCGCUUGCUGUGCGAGGUUUUUUUUUUUCUCUGAAGGAUUGCCAUUUUCAAGGCUAUCUGGUGUGAGGAGAGAGGACUUCGCUGCUUUAGUUGCUCGAUGUGUCCGGAGGCCGUGUCGGGGAAAUGAUUACAAGCUUUGCCAGUGGAGAACAGGUUGGAGUUAACGGCUCUGACGAAUAGGUCGGCCUUUAGUCCCCCCCCACCCCCUCCUUACUUGUAGCUCUACCUGUCUGUUUUUUACAAUGGCGCUGUUAGUCUACAAAUAGAGAGAAAUAUAACAUGACGUAAAAAAUAUUCUAAUUGCUUGUCUACAUAUUUUGCAUCCCACCCAUGAAGUGUGAAAUUAAACAACCGAGUGAAUUUUCUGUUAUUUGUAAUUUUGUACCUAAUUUACAUAACGCCACCCUCACACUUGACAGCUGGACAAGCUUGUGGAUUUAGAGCGUGCCUUGCACCAGACUCGGGCUGCUCACAAACGUAACGGGCAAAUACUUUGAAUGCUGAUGCAUUUGUACAUUCUCACAAUCAAUGCAAAUAUUUUACAUAAUGACGUCCCGCUUUUUGUUUGUACAUUUACAUUUUUAGCUCCUGUAAAUCCCCAGCACACCCCGACCCCCUUUUGACUCAGUUCCCUUGGCAAAUUUUAAAUUGGUCAGUGAUUUUUAAUUGGAUUGGACAGGUUUGCCAGGUUCGGUUUCAAUUGAUUUUUGUUUUUGUUAAUUGUGGCUAUACUGUGUGGUCUCUUCCACUUUUAAACGAGAAUAGCUCAAAUGCUAGCUAGGUUAUUUUUGACAAAAUUAGUGGCAGCUUGCUGUUAGCCGACAAAGAACAUUUUCAAACGUCCCCUUCGUGCUUAUGUAUUGUUUUCCCUCCUCCCCUUGCCCUUGUGUUUUCCUCCAUGACGCACAGCUAAUGGAGCCGUGCUGUGUCUCCCGUAUCCCAGCUCUAAACGGGGAACAGGUCAUUGGCGCCAUCAGACUAGCGCCAUCCGGCAAGAGCCCAGAGCGCCUCGCCAUGUCAUUAUCCCGGGACGUGCGGCCGUUUACAAGGCACAUUAUCGUCUGCCACAGACAGGACUCGCUUGGCCUGACGAUUGGAAGCUCAUCAUUGCUUCACCUCCCCUACCAACACGACUAUCAUCAUCACCACUCGCCAUCCUGUUGUCCCUGGGUACAUUAGCCGAGAACUCAGGCCUGUGAUUUUAAAUAUGACAAAUUCAAAAGAAUCAAUUAUCCACCCCUGCUGAAAACAAAGUAUUAUCCAGAAAUAACGUCAUCAAGUUGCAGGAGGGGACGCUUAAUCUCCUGAUCUAUUUUAUAUAUAUAUUUUUGGAUAAUGCAGCUCUCACCAUAUGGCGCACUGUGACUCAAGCGAGAUGUAAUGAGGAGUCAGCAUGCUGGAGAUGGUGACAUUUACGCUGAUUGUAAUAUUUUGUCCCUCCCGUUGUCGUCAGGAUGUCGGCACGAAUGUUUGUCGCAUAUUCCCUGUCACACUAUUGUGAAAUGAAAUAUUUUUUUAAUAAAACAUUGAAAACAA